CCACCAUGGCACCAUCACCGUCAUGUCCUCACCGCGGACCACGGCGUGCGCCUCCCUGCAAAUAUACCGUCUACCCUUUCGGAGACCACUUUCAGCCCUCCGAAUCGGCGUCCAAACAAGCAAUUGCUGCAAGAGCGGCCCUAAAAACAUCUGAAGCUCAACUCUCCGAUUCGGAUGCCCUUUCCUGCGGGCCCGAUGUGGGCUCGUAUACUCAGUGCAACGCGUCCUCAACCCACUCUCAUUGAAGUCAGUUCGCUGUCUGUGGGUCGGGCGCUUCUGCGAGGUGGUAGACGAUGCCAGCGACGCGGUAGACGAUGCGAGCGAGCUCGCAGCGCCGCGUUGGUAUAUAAGAGCGACGGGCUUGAAAAUGGGCCGCAAUCUGCAAGCUCGUUCCUCUGCAAGCCUCUACAUACUUGCGUCUCUCUACCACCCAGCUUACAAGUACAAUGGCUCCUCCUGUUACUCUUCCCACCCGCUUGAUUGGCGACACGCCGGUGUCUGCUAUGGGCUUUGGCGCGAUGGGCUUUUCGGCCUUUUAUAUCCCCAAGGACAAGACGGAUGAGGGCCGUCUGAAGGACACCUCUGACGUCUACGGCGACAACGAAGACCUCAUCGGCAAGUGGUUCGAGCGCACCGGGAAGCGCGACGACAUCUUCCUCGCGACCAAGUUCGGCCUCGCGCACGGCGACCCCUCGCGGAAGGUGAACUGCGACCCGAGCUACGUGCGCACGGCCUUCGAGAACUCGUGCCGCCGCCUGAAGACGGACCACAUCGAUUUGUGGUAUGUGCAUCGCGCGGACCCGACGGUCCCGAUCGAGCUCACCAUCAAGGCCAUGGCCGAGCUGGUCAAAGGAGGCCGCGUCAAAUACCUCGGCCUCUCCGAGGUCUCCGCGCGCACCCUCCGCCGCGCGCACGCCGUGCACCCCAUCGCCGCGCUGCAGUCCGAGUACUCGCCGAUCACGCUCGACAUCGAGGCCGAGGACGAGGUGCACGGGGUGAUGAAGGCGUGCCGCGAGCUCGGGGUGAAGGUCAUCGCGUACAGCCCGCUGGGGAGGGGGUUCUUGACGGGGCAGAUUAAAUCCCGCGCCGAGCUUGACCCGGACGACUACCGCCUCCUCAUCCCGCGCUUCUCCGAGGAGAACUUCCCACGCGUGCUCCAGCUCGCCGCGGGGCUCAAGGCGAUAGGGGAGAAACAUACUGUUGUCAUUGAUGGGAAGGCGCAGCCAGCCACCGCGGGGCAGGUCGCGCUGGCGUGGGUGCUCGCGCAGGGGGAGGACGUGAUCCCGAUCCCGGGGACGACGAAGGAGAAGUACCUCAAGGAGAACAUCGCUGCGCUGCAGCUCGAGCUCACCGAUGCAGAGCUCGCGCAGGUGCGCAGGGUCGCGGAGGAGGCGCAGGCGUCCGUCGGGGACCGCGUCGACAGCUCGUUUAUGCCGACGCUCUUCGCGGAGACGCCCGAGUUGGCCUGACGCGGAGACGCCCGAACUGCCGGCGUGAGGGCGUGGCGAGUUGGCGGGGUGAGGACUCGGAUAGGGCGAGGUGGCGGCGUGAGGGUGUGAGGGGUGGAGGUGAGGGCCCUUGUGCUUGCAGAGUGAGGGCGUGAGGGUGAGCCGGCAGCGGGAAAGCGAAGGUGUCAAGUCAGAUCGCAGUAUGGAAGAAUGAGAAAGCGGAAGGAUAGGUAGAAAGCGAAAGGACAGCCUGGAGGUAGAAAUGAGAAGUACUCCGUCACAAAAUAUCGCGCUGAGGCUCUACCCGCAUACGCGCAGGUUCUCUACACGCAUACGCUCUGGCUCGACAUGCAAACGCGU